GAGUGAGUCACCUGAUCGCUGCCCGCGCAGCCAGCCAGGCUUGCUCGCUGCAGUCAGUCGGGCCGCGCCGCGCCUCGGCUCUGGAAGGUUUGCCUUGAAAGCAGUUCCGAAAGAUAAAGGCUGGAAAGACCGGACGUGGUAGUGACAGAGCGCUGGGGCGCUUCACAUGGUCAAGCAGAGAAAUGGGAAGAGGCUGGCUUGCUUCUUCCUGGUCCUGGGUAAGUGGUGCAAGGGCUGGGCUGGGCUUGAAGACGCUUGCCACUUCAGCCUUUGGAUUAGAGAAGCCUAGGGCAAAAAAAAAAAAAAAAAAAGACAUUCGGUGAGUCAGCUUGGGGUAGGAUGGCCUUGGUUUAAGUGAUUGCAUGGCACCACGGCUUACUUGUUGUUGUUUAACCUCUGGCUGUGUCAAGUGGUUUACUAUUGUUCAAUAGGUUGGUUGGCUAACAAGGUGGAUGACUCCUUAAAAAAAGUUGGGUUGCUGAGUCAUUCGCCCCAGCCUGAGAGGUAAUUAGGAACAGCUGGUACAGAUAGGCUCAUCACAUGCCUCCACUAUAAAAGGCCAAGGAGCACUCAAGAGGGGUUGCUUCUGAGGGCUGAAGCUGGGGUUGUCUCUGUUGGUACAGGUGAUCGGUGGGUGAGGUGCCAGCACUCUUAGGAAGUGGCCAAGGAGCGGUGAGGUGGUGUUUAAACAGAGCAGCCUCGUGACCUGCUGCCUGAGAAGAAGUUUGUGCUGGAGAGAGCUGAAACUCAGAAAGAAAUUCACAGCUAAGGGGUGACCUCCUAACAGUAUUGUAACAAAAGCAUUUACUCCUCUUAAUGUAUGGAGUGUUUUGUUUCCCUUUUUGUGGUUUUGUUGGUGUGUGGCUUAUAUCUUUUAGAAAGUGAAUUUAGUUUGUUCUUCACAUAGAUUUUUUUUUUUAGGAGAACUGCAAACGGAGCCUUCCUCUUCGUUUUCAUGGCCCCAGGCUUUUCAUGCAGACACUGGUAGUUUCUGGUGGCUGAGAAGAGGGGUUGAUGCCGAUCAGAAGCAUGCUCUCUCGGAACCUCCCGGCACCAUCUGUGACGCAGAAUGUCGCUGGGUGAGAGCGCGGUGUUCGCCUACGAGUCCUCGGUGCACAGCGCCCACGUGCUGCUCAGCCUGGACGAGCAGCGCCGGAAGGACGUGCUGUGUGAUGUCACGGUCCUGGUGGAGGGCCAGCCCUUCCGCGCCCACCGGGCCGUGCUGGCGGCCUGCAGCGCCUACUUCCACGCCAGGCUCACGGGCCAGGCCGACGCUGAGCUGCGCAUCACUCUGCCUGAGGAGGUGACAGUUAAAGGAUUUGAACCUUUAAUUCAGUUUGCCUACACCGCUAAACUGAUUUUAAGUAAGGACAAUGUGGACGAAGUAUGCAAAUGUGUGGAAUUUUUAGGUGUAUCUGAUAUUGAGGAAUCCUGCUUUCAGUUUCUCAAAUACAAGUUUUUGGACUCUGCUGCAGACCAGCAAGAAUGCCCAAGAAAAAAAUGUUUCUCAUCAUCCUGUCAGAAACCAGAUUUUAAAUUUUCACUUUUGGACCAGAAGGAUUUAGAAAUUGAUGAAGUGGAGGAAUUUUUGGAACACAAAAAUGUGCGGACUCCUCACUGUAAACUCCGCCGGUAUCAAGGGAGUGCACAAGUACUGCCUCCUCUGCAAGACAGUGCCAGUCAAACAUGUGAAUCCAUGUGCUUAGAAAAGGAUGCUGCUCUGUCUCUGCCGUCUUUAUGCCCCAAAUACCGGAAGUUCCAGAAAGCGUUUGGAACUGACAGAGUCCGUGCUGUGGAAUCCAGUGUCAAAGACAUUCACACUUCUUCUGUUCAGCCAAACGAGCCCUCCGAACGUGAGUGUUCAGGAGGUGUCCAGGACUGUGCAGAUUUGCAGGUGAUUUUAAAAUGUGAAGAAAGAAAAUUAGCAAUGGAACAUGAAGAAGCCAAGAAGAAAGAUCCUGCCUCUCAGUGCCCAUCAGAAAAAACAGGAGCAACUCCUUUCCCCCCCAGUUCUACAGACCCCCAUGGGCUCUAUUCUCUGUCUCUUUUACACACGUAUGACCAAUAUGGUGACUUGAAUUUUGCUGGUAUGCAGAACACAGCAGUGUUAACAGAGAAGCCGUUGUCGGGUUCAGAUGUUCAAGAAGAAAAAACUUUUGGUGAGAGUCAAGAUUUACGUUUGAAAUCUGACUCUGGCUCCAGGGAAGAUAGUAGCCUUGCCUCAAGUGAUCUGAGUAGUGUAGAGCGAGAAGUGGCCGAACACCUAGCGAAAGGCUUCUGGACUGACAUUUGCAGCACGGACUCUCCAUGCCAAAUGCAGUUAUCACCUGCCAUGGCCAAAGAUGGCUCAGAACAGAUCUACUCCCAGAAACGGUCCGAGUGUCCCUGGCUAGGUAUCAGGAUUAGCGAGAGCCCGGAACCGGGUCAGAGGACUUUUACAACGCUGAGUUCUGUCAAUUGCCCUUUUAUAAGUACACUGAGUACCGAAGGCUCUUCGAGCAAUUUGGAAAUCGGAAAUGAUGAUUAUGUUUCAGAGCCCCAGCAGGAACCUUGUCCCUAUGCGUGUGUGAUUAGCUUGGGAGACGACUCUGAAACAGAUACUGAAGGAGACAGUGAACCCUGUUCAGCCAGAGAACAAGAAUGUGAGGUGAAACUGCCAUUUAACGCACAACGGAUAAUUUCACUCUCUAGAAAUGAUUUUCAGUCCUUGUUGAAAAUGCACAAGCUGACUCCAGAACAACUGGAUUGCAUCCAUGACAUUCGGAGAAGAAGUAAAAACAGAAUUGCUGCGCAGCGCUGUCGCAAAAGAAAGCUUGACUGUAUACAGAAUCUUGAGUCAGAAAUCGAGAAGUUGCAAAACGAAAAGGAGAGCUUGUUGAAGGAGAGGGAUCACAUUUUGUCAACUCUGGGCGAGACAAAGCAGAACCUAACUGGACUUUGCCAGCAAGUCUGUAAAGAAGCAGCUCUAAGUCAAGAACAAAUACAGAUACUCGCCAAGUACUCGGCCUCCGAUUGCCCGCUUUCCUUUUUAGUUUCUGAGAAAGGAAAGAGUUCUUCUGAUGGUGAGCUUGUUUUACCAUCAAUCUUGAGUUUGUCUGAAGGGCCUGCAGCUGGGCCACCUUCAGGGGAGCAGAGCCCCCACUAUCCCAGCGCCAAGGGCAGCGAGGCCGGCCAGGAGUCCUCGGCAACUGUCAGUGCCCCCUCGGAGCUGGCUGGGCCUGGGGAGCAGUGUCGCCAGAGUGGUGGCAUCUCGGAUUUCUGUCAGCAGAUGACCGACAAAUGUACUACUGAUGAGUAAACUUGCAUCCACUUCCUCCAAACCGUCUCAUUUUCUACUGAAGUUUGAACAUCGUCUUGAGAGCCCGAUGUAGCCAUUUGUCUCUAAAACGAUAUUGUUUUUCUCCCCUGGUAGUUUGCCGUUAAGAGAGUUCCCUUGACCUUUCCCGUGAUUUCAGUAGGAGAGGCAGGAAUGACUUGCCUCCUGGAUGCCGAAACAUCACAUGUGAACAUGUAGUAAGGCUUUGAAAAACUCAUGUCCUAAAGAAUAAUAACUAUUAGUAGUGACUCUGCCCAGGAUUCAAAAUAAAUAAGAACACGAAAACCAUAGCAAAUCAAACAACAGUUAAAUAGCUUGAAACAUCUGCAGCUAGUUCCUACUACAAAGAAACAGCCUGCAGAAGUUUAAUAAUCUGACCUUCUUACAAUGUAGUGGUUUAAAAGAAAAAUUUCCCCCAAGUAACACUGAUAGAGCUCAUUCCUUCUGAGAAGUAGGGUGUCAGCUCCUCAGGAAUAUUUGUGUAGAACUGCAGUGUGAAAAAAUAAAUAAAGCAUCUUGCCUGAAUCCUGGCACUUUGUUCUUCAGCUCCUAGUAAAGCCAGAGGUUGGUUGGCCUGCGCUGUGAGUCCUGAGCUCUGGGGAAGUAGUUAGGAAACAGGGCAGGUAGCUGGCCUAAGGCAGAGGCUUCUGCUCCUCCUCCGUAUCAACUUUAAAAGAGUUCUGACUACGACAACAGUAGAUAAGUGUCAUUUCCCUCUUUUUUCUCUUCAGUCUCUUCCGCAUCUGAGUCCAUCAUGGUCUUUCUGCUUCCUGUCAUUCUUGUCCCUUUGGAAAAAGAAAUAAGACUCAGGAUGCAGUGGCCUGAGCUAAUGCAUUGGCAGUAUUGUCUUAGCCUCCUUAGAGUCCUGGAGGGCUCACCAAAUACAAGGCUGUUUGCCUGCCCUACAUAGGUCACCCAUGCAAGAAAACCAGAUAUUGCAGGGAGACAAAAAUUGCCUACAUUUGUCAGGAAUGGCAGUUCAUUUUCCAUCCUAUUUUUGAAGUCCUAUGAUUUAUUUGCAAAAGGCAUUAUUAUAGAUAAAAAUGUAUCCACAACAACCAUGCAGGUUUGUGAAAUAGGAUGAAACUUGAUCUUGACCCACUGUGGAUUUGAACUGGAAGCCAGAUUUAAUCUCGCUCUCUUCCCCAAAUCUAGUGUAUAAGGGCACACAAGUAAUUUUGGACUUGGAGUUCCCGUCGUAGCUCAGAGGUUAACGAAUCUGACUAGGAACCGUGAGGUUGCGGGUUCGAUGCUUGGCCUUGCUCAGUGGGUGAAGGAUCCGGCGUUGCCGUGAGCUGUGGUGUAGGUCGCAGACGCGGCUCGGAUCCAGCUUUGUUGUGAGUCUGGCGGAGGCUGGCGGCUAGAUCUCCGAGCUCCGAUUCAACCCGUAACCUGGGAACCUCCGUAUGCCACGGGAGCGGCCAAAGAAAUGGCAAAAGAAAAAAAAAAAGUAAUUUUGCACUUGGGCAUUUUAAAAAUCAGUCUUUGUGUUUAUUCAGGUCUAUUUUAAAAUAAUUUUUUUAGGUGUUUCCUUGUGGUUAAGGAUCCUGUGCUGUCACUGCAGAGGCUGGGGUUGCUGCUGUGGCAUGGGUUCAGUCCAGUCCCUGGCCUGGGAGCUUCCACAUGCUGCUGGUGUGGCCAAAAGAAAAAAAAAUUUUUUUUAAAUAAUCUGAGCACCUGCCCCAUAACAUUUUGCAGUGGUUCUUAGCCAUUCUGCUGUUAUAGAUUUGUUGGGGGGUCAAGUUAUGAGCCUCUCAACAAUGAAAAAAAAUGUAUAUUCACAUUCACAGAAGCAUUUGCAGAACAAAGUUUGAAAGGGUACAAAGAGUAAUUUUUAGUGUUUGCGUUAGAAAGUAUCUCAUUUCACCAAAAUUAGAUGCCUGAGAGAGAGACUUUUGUAGGUGAAAUCCUGAGUCUAGCGAAGGGCUUGCAUAGCCGAUGCGGGAGGUCUCCAUCCCCCACAGAACAGUGGGUCUGAAGCCAGGCGGCCUUUACUGUGAGUGUUUGGGGACCAGACUUAAUAUUUCAGAGCAAUUUGUCAAGUGUUACCCCUUUUCUUGCGGGGUGGGGGGGUGUUGGUGGAGAGGUUGCCUGGUAUCUUCAGUGAUUUGUGAGUUAUCUCUGUUUAUCAACUUAGUUGUAAGAGAAAACUAGUUGGGCUCAUUUAUUUUCUAGAGGCUUUUAGAGGUAUACUCAGUUUGUCAGGGAGAAUGUUAACUCUGUGAUAGUCCAUCCCAUAUUAUAAAAGAAUGAUAUGUGCGUAUGUGUGUAUAGAUCCUUCCAUGUAGCUAUUUCUUUGAUACUUGUUCCUUUAAUUUUAACUUCAAAAUAGAAAAUAAUAUAAAAACGUUUCCGGUUUACAAAAUGUAAAAUCUUAUACAAGCCAAUGGACUCCUGGAUUUCCUACCUCAGUGUACACGGGACUGUUUGUCAUAUCAGUUUGUGUAUGUGCAAAUGUCAAAUAAUCUUUUGCUUUAAUUGCUACUGUAAAUAACUGCUUUGAAAUACUUCUUAUUUUAUGAUAGUCUUCAGAGUUUAAAUAUGAUUUUUAAGGCACUUGGUUUAAAUUUCUCUCUACAUAUAAAUAGUUUAGCAUUAAGGGUUUAUUUUAAAUGAUACUCUGAUUGUUGGCCAAGUGUAAUAUUUCAUAAAAUAUAGCAUUACUUUUAAUAGCCAGCAUGUAAUACAAGUAAAACUACACUACCUCAUACCUACAUGAUUUUCAAGUUGUAAUCCAGAGGGACAGAGAGAGAGAAAAAAAAUUUUCUUUGUCUUUUGGCCAUAAAGUGGGGCAGUUUUUUAUAUAUUGCAUAGCAUUACACAUUUAUGCCUAUUUUAACAUUAACUUCUAAAGAAGUUUUUUUCUAAGAAAAUUUAAGUUUUUUGUUUUGUUUUUUUUUUUGAGGCUGCCGAAGACAAAUGACAGGAUUAUGUGUAUACAGUGUAUAUCUUUUCCUUCAUGCAGAAUUUUGGCAAGGUAGUUUUCCAUUUGUGUAUUGCAUAUUUACAUAAUCAUUGUUCCUUAUUUUAUGAGUUGGCCUUCUCAUUGCCUGAUGAUUUUUAAAAAGCUGUUAGGUCUCUCUCAGUAAAAUAACUGUACCUUAAAAAUUUUUUUUUGUUAUUUGAAUCCUGCAGCUAUAGCACAUAAUUUGUUGUUAAAUCAUUAUGUUAAAAACAAAUAUGGGUACAAAUCUACAUUCUCCUCUGUGCAUUUUAUAGCAAUUUACUAUAGCUUAAUGUGCAACUAAUUUAAAAUAAGGAAUCAAAUAUAUUUGAUGCCGUGGACGAUACAAGUUGAAUGUGGACAUGUAGCCACAUUAACAACUUGGAAAAAAUUUUAAAAUGGCAAUGCUACAAUGAAUUCUCAGGUGAACUUUUUUUUUCAGUUAUAAAACAUCUAUUUUGAAUUUGUAAAUAUUUUAACUGUUUUAUUAAGGCAUGUGUAUAAUAAACUGUUAUUUGAAAUCUGUUGGGCAGAAUGCAAACUUAAAGCCAUAAUGGUAAAAGAUGGCAUACUGAUUGUAAAAUAAACAGAAGUAAUAACAGCUAUUGAUUUUUUUUGUAUCUUUCAUAAUAUAAUUUUCUAACAAUGCAAUAAAACCACUAAAUUUAUAUACCCAUAUCCUGUUAAGAUCAUGUUUCAUUACAAGUGAACUCUCAUAGUAUUUAAUUUAAUUUCCUGAUGUGCUUAUCCAAAUGUAGCAAAACUAGAAAUGUUAGAUGUUGAUUAAAUUGACAGUUCAAUAAAAUUCUCUCAAAUUGCC